AAAAGGCCUGUGAACUUUUGUAAGGGCCGUGCGGAACCAACCUGAAGGGGGGGGGGGUGUCUGAAAGCACCGCAGACAUGGCAAGUAAGGGGCACCCCUACACCGUGAUAAUGGUACGUCUCCCCUCCCUGUCAAGUUGAAAUUUAAUUCUCAAGGGCAGUCCCGGUGGUUUGGUGGAAGCGUGUGUCCUGCGAGUAUUUCAGCAAUAUCACCGGCAUGCUUAGCAGGGUUGGUCAAAUACGCAGGUGUGCAGCCAGCCUGAGCCAGGUAGUGGCAUCAAGGGAGAAGCACACACUCCCUGACCUGCCCUAUGACUAUGGCGCCCUGGAGCCCCACAUCAAUGCAGAGAUAAUGCAACUGCAUCACAGCAAGCACCAUGCUACCUAUGUUAACAACCUGAACAUUACAGAAGAGAAGUAUCAGGAGGCACUGGCAAAGGGAGAUGUGACAACACAGGUUGCCCUCCAGCCUGCUCUUAAGUUUAAUGGAGGAGGCCACAUUAACCACACCAUCUUCUGGACAAACCUCUCCCCAAAUGGUGGAGGGGAACCCCAGGGAGAGCUAAUGGAGGCCAUCAAGCGUGACUUUGGCUCCUUCCAGAAAAUGAAGGAAAAGAUGUCUGCUGCCACUGUGGCAGUACAGGGCUCGGGCUGGGGCUGGCUGGGCUAUGACAAAGGGAGUGGUCAUCUUCGCAUUGCUGCCUGUGCUAACCAGGACCCCCUGCAGGGCACCACAGGUCUCAUCCCCCUCCUCGGUAUUGACGUAUGGGAGCAUGCUUACUAUCUUCAGUAUAAGAACGUACGACCUGACUAUGUCAAAGCCAUCUGGAAUACAAUCAGCUGGGAGAAUGUGAGCGAGCGUCUCCAGACUGCAAAAAAGUAGACUAAUCUCAAGACAUCCCAGGUUGAUCGCCUACACCCUAACUUCCAGACUUGAGCCAAAGUAAUUUGCAAAUAAUUCUCGCUGUCGUUUAAUUGUGGCAAGUUACAGAAAGCGACUGAAUCUACCACAUUGGAGCGAUUUAAAGUGCUAGAUUUAUGCAAAAUUGACUUUCCAAAUCAUUCAUGUGAUUGCUUAAACUCUGGCACUCAUUGUCUUAAGUGGCAAAUAUUGCAUAUCUGGAACAUAAGUAGGAUAAAAUGAAUCAAACAAAUAAUUUGCUUGCACACUAUGGCCCAAGGCUGCUUCCAAUCCCAAGACUUCUUAAAAGCGCACAAAAUGACCAUCUUUCAAGUAAAGAUGGCUGAUAUUCUCACAUACUCUAAAGAUGGCUGAUAUUCUCGCAUACUCAAAUUAUGUCUGCCAUACAUUUAACUUUGUGUCAGAGCACUGUGUGUUGUGGAUUUUGUUUUGUCAUCAAGAUCCAAAAUUGUCAAUAAAUUACAGGGUUUGAAGUAUUGUUCUGUACUUGCUGUGCUUUUUUUUC